CUUAAAGUCAAAUGAGAUCAUCAUCAACACACAGGCGCCGUGUUUCGGUUUUCCCCCUGCUUCCUCUCUUACCAGCCGGUUACUCCUUUUCUCGUUGGUUUUCGGCCAAACGUAAGGUUUUGUGGGAAAGGCUUAAAAUGCUGGCGCGUUAUUUUCGCUAUUGAGACGCGCAAUGGUUAAGAUCGCUAACCUGCGAUUUGGCUUUUCUCCCUUAAUGAAAGUUAUUUGUUUUGUGACAGCCGAAGAAAAAAAGGUGUGUGUGUGUGCGUGUGUUAACCACGGGACUCCGAAGGCCAAGUUGAAGUUUAAAGCCAGUAGAGGCUGAUGCCCAGCAUUCGAGUUUGCACAGCAGAAAAUGGCCGCAGGCUCGCCGGCAUGAAUUUGACAUCUACGCCGACAGAGGCGCUCCCUCCCCGGCAGAAGUCUCGGUUAGUGUGCCGAAGUCACAACCGGGAGUUCGGCAUUGUUUCAAAAAGUGCUACAAACUGCAGUUACUUGUCAUGUUCGCGUGGCAGUAGCAAACUUAACCUUUAAAUAAAACAAAGUAAACAGGCUUCACGAGACAGUGCCAAAAAUUGAUUUGACCCGGGUUGGUAUUGUUUACGGAAUAGUAACUUUUAGUUUGAUACACUUAGAAAAAAGGUGCUAGUCUAUGUAGACAUUUUACUAUGGUACUUCCAUGUUUUGGGGCAUGUAGGGUAGCCUACCAUAUGCUUGCAAGUAGUAAUGCAAAUAUGUAAUGCUACAUGAAUUUCAGUAGGCUACUAUGUUAUAUAUCAAAGUACAAUAUUAUGACAUCUGAUAAAGUAGGCUACCACCACAGUACUUUUUUUUGUAAGGUUAAGACUUUCCCUUUAAGGGAAGACAUUUAACAACAGACUUAAUAGCUUUCUUAGUCACUACUGUUACCUGUUAAUUUGUGCGUAUAUUAAUAACUACUAAUUAUGAUAAUCCUAAAAUAUAUACUAUUUGCUUUCUGCAGGGAUAUUUUCAGUUUAUGUAGGCUGGUACUUUCAGGAAGUAUACGUAUUUCUUUCUACUUCAGUAUUUAGGUUAAUAACAUUGUCUGUUUACAGUAGCCUAAGUAAAAUAAGUUCGGACUUUUAUAGGGCUAUAUUGAUAUGUUCAUGUUGUGCUACUUACUCAGAUGUGUUCUUUCUCUUAUUUAAAAUAAUAUUCUAAUAUUCGAGAUUGAAUAAUAUGUGGCAGUUUCAGAAUAGGUUCAAGGUUAAAGAAUGAUACUUAUGGAUAUGACUGUUUACUAAUUAUUUGCACAAAUAUAAUAUUUUGAGGCGUCGGGGUUUCAGCAGUGUGAUAGUCAGCUCUUUCCCCUGGCCGUAUUUCACACCACAGUGCACACUUUUUUUCAGUGCAUAUUCACGAGAAAUAACAGGUGUUGUUUACACUGUUCGUUUUAAUAGCCUUCCUGGUUUUACACUUUAAUUUAAGUCAGUUGACACCUAGUUUAUUUCAUCUCCGCGUGAUCACUCUAACAAAAUUAAAUCUGAUUUCUACAAAGAUUUAAGCUAAAAAACUACAAAAGAACACGUUUGAGUCCUUGAUGUGGGUGUCUACGACUGAUAAUUAGCUACUUGUAGAGUUAGUGAGGCGCGUUAUUUUUUUUUUGAAGUGGCUUUAUAAAAGUUGCUGAUUAUCAAAAUAUGCAAUACCACGGAACGUAGCCUAAUUGUAUUGAAUUUAGAAACGUGUGCACUACUAUGCAUUGAUCUAAAUAAUUAGACGCGUUUCAGGAAAUUAAGUGAACGAUUGACACGUCAUUUUAACCUGAGACUGCUUUCUUCUAUGUGUAAAGUUAACUUGCCUUAUCAGACACUGCUUAUAGUAUUAUACGCGGGGUGAUAUUAUUUUAAGCGAUACGCCUCGAACACUUUGUCAUGAAUGGAUGCAUGCAUGUGCGCUCUCUGUGACGCAAUGUCCGCGCGAGCCUGGCUCUAAUCGCUACUUUAGCAGUGCGUGUUGCAGUAAAAUUGUUUGGAAUACGCGCGCGGGUGAAGCGCGCAGAACGUUGCUGCGCCAGAACUGGAUCAGCGCGAGAGGGAAGAGCGGUGCGUGCGCAUUGGCGAAGAGGGGAGAAAGUCAUUUGCCACUUUGUUUCGCACCAUAUGAGCUUCAGAAGCGGAGGCAAAUAACUUUUUUUUUGUUAAUUUCACGGACUUAACGGAUGCCCCAUGGACAGUGGAAACCACAGUUAGCCUUUCGUGCUCCUUCAAGUACUUUCUUUGGGAUGGGCUAUUUUCAUAACGUCAUUUCAUUCCUCCCUCUGAUGAAAACAUUUUCUCUUUCUUUGAUUCUUUCUCCCACCAUUUCCUAAAUGGAACAGAUUGCAGCACCCCACGCGUUUUCCUGCCUGCAAAGUUUGGUUUCAAACGUGUACAUAGUUUGCGCGUUCUCUUUUGCCGGGCGUCCCUUGAUUUAACGGACUCUAAGUGGAAGUCAGAAGUGGCGGCGGUGGAAGUGUUAAUCAUGAUGAGGCUUACCAUGAUUAACUGUGAAAAAUGAUCCACUAACUUGUCGGUGUUUUGCCACAUUUCAAGUCACGCGCUCCCCUUUCAACAUGAUGUAUUCUCCUCUCUGUCUAACUCAGGAUGAAUUCCAUCCGUUCAUCGAGGCGCUGCUGCCGCACGUGCGUGCCUUCGCCUACACCUGGUUCAACCUGCAGGCCCGCAAGCGCAAAUAUUUCAAAAAGCACGAGAAGCGGAUGACCAAGGAUGAAGAGCGCGCCGUCAAGGACGAGCUCUUGGGCGAGAAGCCCGAGGUCAAACAGAAGUGGGCGUCGCGCCUCCUCGCAAAGCUCCGCAAGGACAUCCGGCCGGAGUGUCGGGAGGACUUCGUGCUGUCCAUCACAGGGAAGAAGCCUCCGUGUUGCGUCCUCUCGAACCCAGACCAGAAGGGGAAGAUGAGGCGCAUAGAUUGCCUGCGUCAGGCGGAUAAGGUCUGGCGUCUGGACCUGGUGAUGGUGAUUCUGUUCAAGGGCAUCCCCCUGGAGAGCACGGACGGGGAACGGCUGGUCAAAGGCGGCCAGUGCUCCAAUCCCAUUCUCUGCGUCCAGCCCCAUCACAUCAGCGUGUCCGUCAAAGAGCUGGACCUCUACCUCGCCUACUUUGUGCAGGAGAGAGAGGCUGAACAGAGCAGUAGUCCUCGUACAGGCAUUGGUUCAGAUCAAGAGGACAGUCGAGCAGCCACCAUGGAUGCCCCAGAGUUUCAAGAGAGCUUCAUAACUUCGGGCGUCUUCAGUGUAACAGAACUGGUGCAAGUAUCAAGAACACCGGUGGUGACGGGCACGGGGCCAAACUUCUCUCUCGGAGAGCUGCAGGGGCAUCUUGCUUAUGACCUGAACCCUUCAGGGGUGGGAAUGAGGAGAACCCUACCCAGCACCUCCUCUAGUGGAAGUAAGAGACACAAGUCAGGAUCCAUGGAGGAUGAUAUAGACACCAGCCCAGGGGGCGAGUACUACACCUCUCCCAACUCCCCCGCCAGCAGUUCACGCAACUGGCCAGAGGAGAUGGAAGGAGGAAUCUCCCCUACAGUUAAGAAGACAGAGAUGGAUAGUCCAUCUCCUCAAGAGAGCUCUCCACGUCUCGGCUUUACACAGCACCACAGACCUGUCAUUGCAGUGCACAGCGGUAUCUCUCGGAGUCCACAUCCCUCCUCGUCUCUGCACUUCCCUGGUGCUCCCAUUCUCCCCCAGACCGCCUCCACCUACUUCCCGCACACGGCCAUCCGGUACCCCCCACACCUCAGCUCUCAAGACCCGCUCAAAGACCUGGUCUCUCUGGCCUGUGACCCGUCCAAUCAACAGCCCAGCCCGCUGAAUGGCAGUGGUCAGGUGAAGGUAUCCAGUCACUACAUCUCCUCUCAGAUGCUGGCCCCCCCGCCACCCCCCGGCCUGCCCCGUCUGACGCUGCCCCCAGAGUCCAAAUCCAGCACCACCUCUGCAGACGCAGCUGCCAGCUCACCCACAUCCCCCACAUACUCUGCUCCCGGGACGCCACCUGCCAACCGCUCCUUCGUAGGAAUUGGUUCUCGAGACCCUGGCAGUCUGUAUCAGGCACAGUCCUGGUAUCUGGGGAACUGAUUAUCACACACACAGACGAACCCGAGAAGGCAAAGACAUGGAUUUGAAAAAUCAAUUUUUUUGGAAUUUACAAGAAAAAAAGUUGUGAACGAGAUGCAAGAGGGAAAAUCUGAUAUAUAUGCAGUAUUUGUAUAUAUACACACACAUAUAUAUAUAUACACAAUAUGUGUGUAUAGAUAUAUGUGCACACAUAUUUAUAUAUGCAUAACGACGUACAGUAUAAGAUGCUUCAAUACACUUUUUUUUGGAAAAGACAAUGGAAACGGAGAAGAGCGUGAGAGAAUUGCCAUAGAUGGAACGGAAGAAAAGGAGACAAAAGAGGAGGAUGUUUUUUUUCUGGGAGGACAGCCCGAACUAUGGCGUACAUUGACGGACGUGUCGAAAAAGGCCCACCCUGACUCCCUGCCUCUUGGAAUGCCUCUCCUCAACCCCCUCCUUCUGCUACAGGUGCUGCUUCCUCCUAUAUGCAAAAUAAGUAUCCUUUAUUUUCUUAACGAACAGGGACGGGAAACCCCGAGGAAGGGGUUUUUCCGCUAGCAUUUCGCCACAGGUUUGGAGGUGAGCGCGGUCUGUUUUUAUUCUUUUUUUAAGUGCGCAAAGGCAACACGACAUGGAAAAGGAAACAAAAAAGUUGAUGCUUCCGUUCACACAACGUGGAAAAAGAAACAAAAAGGCUACUUUUCAUCCAGUUUCAUUGACAAUCAUGUAUCUGCGUCCUUAGUUUCGUUCAGAGGGUGGUGUUUUCUAAAUUGCAUUCUCCACCGUUUGUAACGGAGUCCACUUUUUGGUGGAAGCCCGUCAUGUUUUUUGUACAUCGGAGGAAUAUUAGUGGUACCUCAGUGACAUUAUACAUCACAGUCAGCGUGUAUACACACAUGCACACACACUUACAUGUAAACACACCUAUUUAGAGGCAAUGGCAUGUACUGUUAAAGGCUACACAAGGUGUGUGUGAGCUGAAAUGCAGCCUUCAUAGGAUGAGCCAGGGAAUAGCAGGGGUGAAUUAGCACCUUCCUCUCUUCGCAAUAUGAAAGCCCCUCGUUCCCUGGACCCGCUGUAAGUGUGUGUGUGCGUGUGCGUCCGUGUGUUUGUGCUUGUCAUAAACAUUUCUAGUCCCUUAUUCAUCUCUGUGAGUUCACAGAUUAGGGGGUUUUUGAUUCAUGUAGAUACGUGGAUUUUUCCACAUAGUGACAAAGGGAGUUGAAAUAUAGUUCUGUCAUUACUUAGACAGUAUUGGGUGUAGAGGAUAGAAUUUUUUUCUCUGUGUAAUUUGUUUAAAUUCAUUGGAAAUUACAGGCAUUGCACUACUUUGAAUUUUUCAUUUUCCUCUUUUGCAAAUUCCUGUUCGGCCUAAUCAUAUGGAAUGCUGCGAGUCGAUUAUUUUUGUCGUGUUCUGAUCUCACCGUAGAUGAGGAAAAAAAGCUGAUCAGAACAAUCCAACAUUUUCUAUGUCUAACUGUCUCCAUGUUUAUGUGAUUACUUUUAUACAAUUCCCAUAGUUUAAGAAAAAACAAAACAAAACAGGCUAUCUUUUUUUUUUCCCCAUGUUUCUAUUGCAAGAAACUAUGACUGUUUUUAUUUUGAAGCAUACUUAUAUACUUUAAUCCGUAGGAAUGUCAAUGAUUUGGAUGUUUGAUGUGAGACGGGCUGUAAUGCCCCACGACGACAAUACAAAGAGGAAGUCAGUCAGUGGCUAUGCUCCCAGAGCUCAUUGGGAGGUGGACGCCUACGACCAGCAUGUCUCUGGCUGGUUGCCUCAGAAAUGGGUUAUUCUGCACUCUGAGAUGUGUUGAUUUGUACUAAUGAAAUAACAUCAGGGCUUAAUCUACAACGCUACCGAACCCAAAUCACGAAGCCAUGAAAAGUGCCUGAGACAUUGCAAGAUUUUCAUUUGAAUUCUUCAUCUUUUUUUAAAACUUGCUUCAUCUACUGUGGGUUGUUGUUGUUGUUGUUGUUGUAGAAGUUUCAAGGGGUUGUUUUUAUGCCCAGAGAGAUAUUUUAAAUGGCCUAGCAAGUCCCCAAGCCCCUCAUCAGCUGCAUGGGCUAACGCUUAGCCACAGGAAACGCAGAUGGUUGAACAAAACACACACACACACACUUAUAUUCUGCCAGAACAUGACAAAAUCAACACAUAUCAGAGAUUUACUAGGUACCCUCACAAAGACACACACCGAUAUGAAAUAAUAUCCACACACUCUGAUUGCUUUCACUAACCUUUUAUAAUGGCUUUGCAUACACAUUCUGUUGAGUUGACCAUAGUAAGACCCAGAAUACAUACAACAUGACUUGUUUUAAUGGUGCUGAUAUGAAAAUUAUAUGGAAAUCUCUAUAUAUGAGUUAUAUAUAACUGUGCAUGGUGCUUUCAAAAGAAAAAUCAUGAGAAUUAAGCUCAAACAACCACCGUAUCGCUGACAUGGGCGCAUGGCAGAUAAUCUUAGUAUUAGCUCUGAAGCUAAAUGCUCCCCAAAUUCUCCUUAACUACCCCCCUUGAGCAAAGAGCCAAUGACACAGAUGGAUUUUACCUUUGUACCACAUUGGUUUUGACUUUUAUCCUACAAUCCCUCUUCUACUUUGCACGAUAUUUUAUAAACAUAUUAUGUGCCUUGCCUUUAGUUAAGAACGAUAAUGCGUAAUUUUAAAGGAGUUGAUUCUGUUUUUCUUUUUUUGAUGUAACCAGUGUCACAAAGGAAAAAAUGCUGCAUGUUUGAUUGCCUGUCAUAAUCAGAUUAAGACUAACAGGUUACCUGAUAGCUGUAGUUUUGGAUGCGUGAGAGAGGCUUUUUUUUUUUUUUACCCUCUUCCUCUUUUAAAAGCACCGUAGUUGGCAUGAAACCUACAUUGCGUUAUUUUGUUACCAUUUUAUUUCCCUCCUCUUUUCAUAUAAUGAGAAAGUAACAAAAUCUGUGAAAGAUGCAGUACCAGCUCUCUCCAUAUCAGCUCUGAGCUGAUAUUUUGAUUCCCUUUCAUGAGGCUUCUCUUAAAUUGUUUAGAUUGUAUAUUUGUUACCAUGUAUUUCAAUGAGUUUGUACCCACUAUGGAUGUGAAGAGGAGAGGCCAGAGAUGAAAAUGAUCUGGCCGUCCUCUAUAAACCCAUGAACUAGUUUUAGUUAGGUUUAAAUUCCACAACUAAGCACUUAGCAAAUUAUUUUGCAAUCAGUAAGACUUUACAUCCCCACAACAUGAUUUUUGCUUUUUGUCAUUUCAUUAUUUCUGAAAACCUACACAUUUGUUAAAGGGAUAGUUCACCCCAAAAUGAAAAAUGUAGUCAUUAUUUAUUCACCCUCAUGUUGUUCCAAACCUGCUUGGCUUUCUUUAAUUUUUCAGUAGAAAACACAAAACAAGAUAUUUUGAAAAUUGUUUCCCAUACAAUGAAAGUCAAUAGAGUCUGAUGUUGUUUUGGACCUCUUUGACUUUCACUGUGCAAAAACAAAAAGCAUUCUCAAAAAAUAUCAGUUACGCAGAAAAAGGAAAUAAAGUCAUACAGGUUUGGAUCAACAUGAGGGAGAAUAAAUAAUGACAAAAUGUCCCUUUAACCCUUUUUAGGGUUCAUAACACUGAAUAUGUAGUUAUGUUCGACAUAAAUGAUUUCUUUAAUUAGGGAUUAAGUUGUUUUAUUAAUCGAGUCCCUUGUAUACGUCCAUAUGCGUUAACUGUAGAAGAGUAGCUGAAAUGUAUUUGUCCAAUUCAACGUACAGACACAAGAACAGCAAAAAACCAUUGAACUGCUGACUUUGUGUGUCUUCUUAGAAAAUGAAUUAAUACACCAGGAUGCUUCUUCUUCUUCUUCUUCUUCUUCUUCUUCUUCUUUUUUUAUAAAAUUAGAUGGUAGGAGAUAAUUUAUAAUUUGUAGCAUGUAGUGUCAGGGGACUAUAUUGCAGAGGAGAAGAUAUUGUGUAUUUCUGGAGCUGGGUUAGGAGAGGCCAUGUUGUAGUUUGUGAUGCAGUGUACAGUAUUGUUUCUGCAAUGGAUAUUGCAACGCUGGUAGCUAAUACGAUUUGCUGGUAGCUAUUUAAAAGUUUAAGUCGAAUGAGAAAGAACGAGAGAUUUUGUUUACAUGAUGCCUGUGGUAAGAUCUUGAUUGCGGAAGAUUUGUGAGCCCGCCGUCGUCCACCCCGGCCGAAUCGGAGUGCUGAAGCAGAACAGCAUUCCAUCUUUACCAUGAUCCAAACUUUUGCAGAAGUGCUAGCUUCAUUUAGCACGCAAUUUUUCUUGUGUUUAACAGGACAGGCGAUGGGGCAGGGGUCUGCCUCGAAGCGUGGGACACAGCUGUUUUUUGUUUAUUCUAAACAGUAUUGAAGCAAAAACGGCAAACUUGUUAUUUUUAAAUGAACCGAAGCUCUCACGGCAUCUCUCCGGCACAGACUCGGGUGGCCCACCGCCUGUCCCGUGAAGAUUUGCACUGCUCCAUUUUCAUCUUUCUAAAGCUGUCAACCCUCUGGCCAGGGUUCGAUGGCGGGUUCAGUAGAACAGGGGUCUGAUGGUAGUUUCGCCAGCACACUCUGUGUGCGUGCGUCUUCUUUUUCGUUUGCUUUUUGUAUAUGCUAACAUUGGCUACAGAGAGAUCGAAACACUUCAAGAGCAGGUUGUUACCCCAGUGUGUGCUUUUUAAAGUGGCCACAGGUGAUGAUUGAACUUGCUAUGACGUGAAUAAUGCAUUUGCGCUGAUGCAUGUUAAAAGAAAUAUCUUACUGUUUGAUUUCGAAACCCUUUUUAUAGUGCGAUGAUUAUCAUUUUUAUGCGUGUUGUUGAAAUGUUACAUUUUGAACACAGUUAUCUUGUGUAUAAUGGCUUACCAUAUUUCCAGUAGAAUGAUGAAAAAGGAAAAUGUACAUUAAAAAUGUCUUUUUGUAAGAGAAAAUAUGUUUUUUUUUGUUUGUUUGUUUUAUUUUGUUUGGAUUUAGUAGUCAUAAGCUUGUGGUCAAGCCACAAAAAAUUUUGAAAGCUCCUUCUAAAGGAUCUGCUGUUGAGAAUAUAAUGUCAGCACCAUUAGCACUCAUCUUUCCCACAGUUAGUGUUAUUUUGAUCAGAAAAUACGGACUCCAGUAAAUUCAGCAUCACUUGUCGUCAUUUUAAACAGAGCAAACAGCUUCACCGAGCUUUGUGAGGUUUUUGCAGGUUCCAUUGGCAUUUUAUUUUUUUGUUAUAUCCAAGACUUAUUUUUUCUCUUUUGUCAUGCUAGCUUCAAGAUCUUUAAACACAUUUUUCCUGUACUUCUACUUGGAAGAUUGCACUAGAUAUUCUGGUAUUAAUAAUAAUAAUAAUAAUACUUCUUUUUAAGGUUUGCUUCUCUGGGGAUAUUUCUCAGCCUUGAUAAUGUACCGUGAUGAAUACAGAUUAAUGGUGAGAAUGAAAGAAAGAUAGAGAGAUUAAGCUGCUUGAAUGGCACCGUCUUAUUUACCUGUUGUCAUUUAUGUGAUAAAUUUACCCUUUUAAUAUGUUGAAAUCAUGCCAGGUUCCUGUGCACUGCGAACCUCAGAGGUUUGAACUAGAUUCUUGAGGUAGAACAUGUACAGUCACAUUGCAACAAUCAUUUUAGAAAUCAGUACUUUGCCUUUUCCCAUUAAAAAAAAAUAAAAAAUCUAAACAUCCUUAAAACAAAAUACAUUUACCUGAGAAUUAAGACUAUAUAAGAUAAUAAGAGAAUAUAUCUUGAAUUAAGUUUGUAUUCAGCAAGGAUGCAUUCAGUUGAUCAAAUGUUAUAAAAGAUUUCUCUUUCAAAUAAGCACUGUGAUCCAUUUAUCACAGAAUCUUGAAAAAUAUCCCAGUUU